AUGCCAUCAUGGAGUUGUCUCUACUGUACACUUAUCAACGAUCCGUUCUAUACAAUUUGUCAAGGAUGUGGUUCCCAAAAACCAAUGGAUAAAAAACCUACAAAAUCCGUUGGAAGUAUGGUUCCGAAAAUUAUAACGGAUACUGUUCGAGAUGUAUCGAAUGCUAUAUCAGAUUUGGUUACAAUCAAAGAAAGGAGGCCUGCUCAUAAUUUUGUGAGAGUUUCUCAUUUUAGAACUCCUCUUCCGAAUGGUCCAUUUGUUGAUGGUCAAAGUAACAACCCAAAUGACAACCAAUACCCUUCAACUUCCACCUUCUUUGUCGACACUCCACAAGUUGAGCGUCCUAACCGGUACGAAAACGUUCAAGACGCCGCAGAAGACCCUCACCAGCCGUCUAUGUGCUCCAAAAUUACUUCAACUUUGAAAAAAGAAGCAAAGAAGAAGAGCGACGUCAUCUACGACGACAUCAUCAAAUAUUGCACAGCCUCAAAUAGUCCAUUUAUUGACGAUCAAUUUCUUCAUAACAAAAAGUCAAUUGGAGUCCUUCAUUUCACAAAAAAUGGGGUCAAAAGACACGAGGAACCCGAUUUUCUUCAUUGGCUCCGUCCAUCGCAAAUGUUUACGAAAGACGGAAGAUCAUUCCCAUGGUCCGUUGCAAACAAUCCACGACCAUCUGAUAUUGAACAGGGAACGUUGGUUGGUGACUGUUGGUUGAUGUCGGCGAUGGCUUUGAUUGCUGAAAGACCGGAUGUGCUUGAUGAAAUAAUUCCAAGAAAACAAUACUCACAUUACGGAGUCUAUCAGAUCAGAUUAUGUGUCGAAGGGAAGUGGAAAGUUGUGAUUGUGGAUGAUUUCUUCCCGUGUUAUCAACAUACAAACUCUAUUGCAAUGGCUGUCGGAAGGAGAAAUCAGUUAUGGGUUCCACUGAUUGAAAAAGCAAUGGCCAAGGAGCUGGGAAGCUAUUCAAAACUCCAUGGAGCCUCACUAACUCAAGGACUUUCAAUGCUCACUGGAGCAUCUUGUGUGAACUAUAACUGCCCUCCAGUUCCAAUCAAUUCAGAUGACGUUGACACUUUCUGGGCUCUAUUAGUCAGUUCCAAAGAAUCUGGUUUCCUCAUGUGUUGUCACUGCGGAGCAUUCGAAAACGCCGUUGCUGAAUCUGAAUUCCGUGCAAUGGGUCUACUAACAAAUCACGCUUAUUCAAUUCUAGACGUCGUUUAUGAACAUGGUCACCGUCUACUUCGGAUUAGGAAUCCAUGGGGACAAUUUGUUUGGAAAGGAAAAUGGUCGGAUGGUUGGCCAGGAUGGCCUGUGGAUUUGAAACAACGGCUUCUUAACAUGAGAAGAGAUGAGACAGGAGCAUUCUGGAUGGAGCUGGAUGAUUUUGUGGCACGAUUCGCUUCAGUCACAGUUUGCAAACUACGUAUGGAUUGGAGUGAACUUCGUGUUACCCAAGAUGUUGGAAGCCGUUCCGAUAAGGCACUUCAGAUGAUUGUAACGGAGACUUGUGAAAUGUCAGUAACUGCAUUUCAGAAGGGGGCCUUUAACAAAACAGACAAUCUGAACGACUUGAUGGUUUGUGUGCAUAGAACAGCCGGAGACGGAAGAGUUGGAGAAUUGGUUGAAAUGUCAUCUAGAAUUGCUGACAAUCAUUUCACAAUCGAUGAGUUCUUCCUGACUCCCGGCGAGUAUACAAUCGUAUGUCACAGUCAAAGAGCACUUCUGGCCCACAAGAAGGGAAGAGUCAACAUUGUCGUUCAUACUCGUUUCCCAAUUUUCGCGGAGCACAUCGCAUUGACACGGAAAAUGACCCAAGAGUCGUUGCAUCAGGUCAUCAUAAAAGAAGGAGAUGUUGUGCAGAAUACCAAUAACGGAGUUGUCAUUCGAACACUGACCAACAAGUUUAGAGGGAUGAUUAUCAUGGCGGAUAACUGUUUAGAGAAUAAAUAUUUGCAUGUUGGAGUGGACUGCUCGCAUUCAAUGAACAUUCAGUCAUCUCGAGGCUUGCUUCAAAUAGUCGAUGUGGUUCCUCCUUUAUCCCGCCAAGUUCUUAUUGUCCUCUCUACCAUCGAUGAUUCUGCACAAUACAGAGUCAGCAACAAUCUCAAAACACUUGUCCAUCAUAAAAAGUAUCUUCUGCCCGAGAUGUGGUAUGAAGCUGCCAUCUCAUCGCCUCCAAAAUCCGAACAUUAUCCUCCGCUCGAUUUAACAACCUUCGAUCCAAUUCAUUCAAUAUCCUCAGUAUUCUGA